UUGUUGUGUGGAAGAUAAAGAAUAUUGACAAAAAAAAAUAUAAGUUUCAAAAAAAAAUGUAAAGUUUCGUGAUAUUAUAUAAGAGAGAUGAAUUAUCUUUAUGGUAGUAUAGAUCUGAAACCAUGUUAUGCAUGUGACUAGAAAAAUAUAUAGAUAGUAUAAUUUUAGAUCUUUACACAUUUCUUUAGCUUCUUCUAAACUAUUUUGAGAAGUUUUUUUCAACUAAGCAAAUUCAUUGUGUAAAGAGAUUUUUCUUACCUGGACUAAAAUUUAACAUACCUUUUUAUCAACGUAAAUAUACCAAGAUUCAAGAAAUUGAAAUUUGCAUGGGUAUUAUUCAUCAAUCAUCAUUACUAUUGAAUUAUUAUUAUAAAUUAAAGCUACUUUGGGGUAGUUGGUAGUAUUAUUUUACACUCAUAUAAAUUUAUCAACUGUCCCAAGAUAUCACAAUAAAUACUCUUCGAAGUCUCUCCCUUCACAAUCAUCUUCUCUCUUGCUGUCACCUAAAAGAGUAGUACUAAUCUCUUUCUCCGAUCAAACAACAUCGUCUUCUCUCUCCCUUUCUCUCACAUGGGUUGCUGCGUUAGCUCCGGCACCGCUAAUCGGACCAACGAGAACGUGUCUGAUAAGAACACAAACAAUGUCGAAGAAGAAACGGUCGUCAAAGAAGUCUUGUCCGAGACAACAUUUCACAGUAGUUCCUUUAAUGUCCAAAACUCAGCCAUGGAUGAUCCGAUGAACAGGAAGAUUCUGGAGACAGAGAAGGAAAAGUUCAAAGUUGAUCCGGGCUUGUGUAUGAACCGACCCGUUUCGAUUGACCCUGAAGAAGGAUCAGAGGUUUCGGAGAUAUGUAGCUUGAGGUUGAGCGAGAGUGUUUCUUCAAUGACUGUGAUGAAUGGUUACGGUGAGGAAGAAGUGAAGCAGAGGAAAUCUCAAAGAUCUCCGACAAAAACUCGGACCCGGGUCACGAGUAAUAAUUAUCCGACCCGAAGAACCGAUCAAUCUCCUCGAAAGAGAAUCAACGGAGUUUGUAAUACUGGAGCGAGAGUCGGGUCGGGUAUGAGAGACCCGCGUGAGAGAUCCGGAAGAAGGUCGAGAUCGCCGGCUACAAAUAGAUCCGUGAUGGAUUCGAGUCAGACUUGGGUGGGUGGGGCAAGGACUCGGAAGAAUAGUCCGUCUCCGGGUCGGCUUAGGGUAGAUCCGAAUAAAAACACGUCGGAUCAGCAACAACAUCAAAACUACGGUUAUACCCCUGAAGAGUUGUUAGAGAACCCACUUGUUUCAUUAGAAUGUUUCAUAUUUCUCUGAAGAAAAUAAUAUUCCGAGAAAGACGUUUUUCUUUUGUUUUAAAAACAAAUUGUUGACGCUGGUUCUAACAUGUAACUAGAUCUCGAUCCGCACAAUUACGCGAAUUUUUGUUUUUAUUUAUUUUUAUAUAAAUAUUUUGUUUUCAA